CACUUGAUCCUGGCGCUUGUAGCUCUCCGCAGCCCUUACGAUCCGAUCCCGCGAAUGGUUUGGGCUGUGUCUUCGCGUAGGACUUACUCUCUAUCUCGCCCGCUGGGGUGAAUUCCACGUGUGGUGCUUUAACUUGUGCAGCGGAGAUUCUGAUCCCAACGGGAGCAGGGAAGGAAGGACGAGCUAGCCGGAGGGUGGAGGCGCGGCCUGGGAUCAGUCUUGGGCUCCCUGCCCGCCUUGAGGGGGUGGGGGGCGAGGGCUGGGCUUCAUCACGAGGCCGCCUCACCAAUUCCUAUCUCUUCUGUGUAAUGGACUCCGGAUACUUCGACUCUCAGAACUUUGCACUCAGCCCAGAGCCAUGGCUACUUCUUCUUCUUCUUCCUGGGAGCUGCCCCUCGUGGCCGUGUGCCAGGUAACCUCAACACCCAGCAAGCAACAGAACUUUAAAAUGUGUGCCGGACUGAUUCAAGAAGCUGCCAGACUGGGUGCUUGCCUAGCAUUCCUGCCUGAAGCAUUUGACUUCAUUGCACGAGACCCUGCAGAGACACUACGCCUGUCCGAGCCGCUGAGUGGGAAUCUUAUGGGAGAAUAUAGCCAGCUUGCCAGGGACUGUGGAAUUUGGCUGUCCUUGGGUGGUUUCCAUGAGCGUGGCCAAGACUGGGAGCAGACCCAGAAAAUCUACAAUUGUCAUGUGCUUCUUGACAGCAAGGGAUCAGUAGUGGCCACUUACAGGAAGACACAUUUGUGUGAUGUAGAGAUUCCAGGUCAGGGCCCUAUGCGUGAAAGCAACUCUACCAUACCUGGGCCCAGUCUUGGGUCACCUGUCGACACGCCAGCAGGAAAGGUCGGUCUAGCUAUCUGCUAUGACAUUCGGUUCCCUGAGCUCUCUCUAGUACUGGCUCAAGCUGGGGCAGAAAUACUUACCUAUCCUUCAGCUUUUGGAACUGUUACAGGCCCGGCCCACUGGGAGGUGUUGUUGCGAGCCCGCGCCAUUGAAACCCAGUGCUAUGUAGUGGCAGCAGCACAGUGUGGACGUCACCACGAGAAGAGAGCAAGUCAUGGCCACAGCAUGGUGGUAGACCCCUGGGGUACAGUUGUAGCCUCCUGCUCUGAGGGACCAGGCCUCUGCCUUGCCCGAAUCGACCUCAACUUUCUGCAUCAGAUGCGCCAACACCUGCCUGUGUUCCAGCACCGCAGGCCUGACCUUUAUGGAACUCUGGGUAUGGGUCAGCUGCUCUCGUAAGGGUUUUAACUUCUGUGACUUGAGACCCCAUUGUGAAGUGAUGCUGUUGCUGUAGCUUGUGGGCAGGAUCAAGCACAGCCUCCUUACUUGCAGAACCUUAAACUCUCAAUGACACACAAAUUCAACUUCUUGGGAAAGAAGCUGACCUGAGCUCAGAUUGUACUUUCAGAAAAGUGGAAUUUCAUAUAGUCACUGUUUAUUUCAUGAAAACUGAAGUUAUGCUGAGGGCUGAGCAGCACUGGCAUUGAAAAAAAUAUAAUAAUAAUAACAA